AUGGUGCUGCCACUGCCCAAACUCAUUCAGUCCAAUGAAGGGAGAGUGUUAUACCAUGUUGCAAACCACCCAAUAAGGACAGUAAAAAAAAAGAUAGAAGAUUUCUUCAAAUACGAAGCCUUCGAUAACCUCAACAGUGACAUCAGUGUGAAGCAAAACUUUGAUGAGCUCUUCGUGCCGCUCACACACCCCGCUAGGAACAUAAGAGAUACUUUUUACUUAAGUGAAAAUUACGUAAAACAUUUUUCUACUCUACAUAAUGAUCUGUACACUCCCCUAGAGAAUACCAAUGGAAUUUAUAAAUACUACUUAGCCACGAAAUUCGUGCCCCAUAACAAGGUCCUGCUGAAAAGGACACAUAUGACCGCGCAUUUACCUGACCUGUUAAGGCGAAAUUACAAAAAUGUUAUAUACACGGGAAGUGUCUACAGAAGGGACGAAAUUGAUAGAUUUCACUUUCCCAUUUUCCAUCAGACCGAUGGAUUUCUGAUCCGCCCUAAUAAUUUUGAUGUCGAAAAGGAUUUGAAGAGAAACCUUGAACAGCUGAUUCGCUACUUGUUCAAUGCCUCUGAUAUAAAAAUGAAAUGGGAUGGUAACACGUCCUUCCCCUUUACCGACCCGUCGUACGAGCUCUACAUCGAAGGGGCAUCGUCAGGGGCAAUCAACACGACUCGAGAUGGCAACGAGGAUGGUGGUUCAGGCACCUUAUAUGGACAGUCUCCUAGUGAGGAACCCCGCUGGGUGGAAGUCCUAGGGUGCGGGAAAAUCAAAAAGGAAGUCAUCACCAUGGCCCUGCACGCGGAAGAUAUACGCCAAAUAAUAGAGGACGAGAUUGCCCGCCAUGACAGGGGCCUCCUGGGAGAGCUCCAAUCGAUUGAGGAGGCAGUGACUAGGGCCAUCGCGAACGAGACCGCCGCGGAGUGGAUCGCGCCCAACUUGGCUACCCCCAAGGAUAUCCUGGACAAACUCUGCAGCGCCCCCCUCAACAACCGAAUUGAAGAUCAAAUGAACAAAUUCUUAAAAACGAUUAGGUACCAAGGAUGGGCCUUCGGAAUCGGACUUGAACGACUAGCCAUGCUGCUCUACCACAUCAACGACAUACGUUUAUUUUGGAGUAACGACAGCAGAUUCAUAAAUCAGUUUAAGGAAGGCCUAAUAACCACAUUCCACCCCUUCAGUAAUUUCCCUCCUGUGGAAAAGGACAUUUCCUUUUAUGUCACCAGUCAAUUUAAAGAAGAUUUAUUCUUUCAAAUUUGCAGAGAUGUAGCUAGCGAAAAUAUAGAACAAGUAAAAAAAAUAGAUUCCUAUCACAACCCCAAGAACAAUCAAACGAGUGUCUGUUAUAGAAUAACUUACCGCUCCCACACACAGAACCUUACCCAUAAGGCUGUAAAUGAGCUGCAAAGUAAAAUUAUCCAAAUGUUGGUGAAGCAGUGUGCAGUGACCAUCCGGUAA